AUGCCCUUCUUGCCGGGCAUCUCCUCUUUGUCUCAGCAGUUUCCUGGUGGCAUCUUCAACAACACGCAAGGCGGCAUCUUCAACAACACACAAGUGAUCAUUGGUGGCCAGUCCCAAAUUGUGACCAUCAACAGGCAAUGGCGUGUGGCAAUCAUUGAGCAAAGGAGCUUCAGCGGGUCCUGGAAAACCAUCUGGAACUACAACACGGGUGUGAUUGCAACCAAAGUCACUCAACAGAACGCCUGCUACAUUUCCACCAUGAACAGAAAUGAGAUGCCCAGCUUCAAUAAUCUGGCUCACCUGGCACAAGAGAGCAAGAACCAGUUUGGUCAUGGAAGACCAACCAAGAAAAUUACCUUUGUCACCAAUGGAUUGGUCAGCAACCUCAGGUCUUAUGGGUCAGAUGUCUUCUCCAUGUGCAGUGGACUCACCACCUACAUGGCUCAUGAAGUUCAUGGAGUCCAAGUCAACCUGGGAUCCUGCAUUACCCUCGAUGUCCUGGGAGUUGUGGAUCUGAAGUACUGCACUGGCAAUGGCAAUGGACAA